GUAAAAUUGGUAUUGUUCGGUGAACGCUGCAUGAACAACCAGAUCUGGUGCCAGUUGUUUGUGUUGCAUCGCUAACGGAGUAACCGGGCUAUUCAUACACGGUCAUAUCUAGUUAGAAGAUCUGCUUCUUUUUUUCCUCUAGGGUGUUCACCCUCAGGACCUCAAGAGAUAAGAACUGCAAUGUCAAUAAUACUGAUCUCAUAAAUUCCUACCUCUUUCUCGAAGCUCUCCUCACAAUCUCACUCCUGGACAUAGUUGCGGACUAGUGGAUUGCUAAUCAGAUUAGGGUUCUUGCGUGUAUCAGUGUGUAAUUGCUAAUCAUAUUAUAUCCAUGAUCCAUCGCUUGACGACCCUCCUUCUUGUUCCAAUUACGUAGCAGGGCACAAAGAGGUCUCCAGCCGCGGUGGAGAGGACAUAACUAAACGGCAUCAUUUUCAUAUAUGACAGUGUAGAUUUUGCAAAUCUGCCAAUAAAGGUACAAGUGAGAAACCUUUUAUCCGACUAUACCAACGAAUUCAGAGGAGAAGAAGACAUGGCGGCGAAGCAGGUUUACCGUCUAUUUACGUCAAUGAUCGCAGAGGCUAAGCCCAAUUCAUACACCAUGUCAGAGUAUUCACCAAGUCGACUCAUUUGCUCAUCAGCUAAGAGAUUUCAUGUCCACAAAGAGAAUCAACAAGAUCUCGCUGAGACGCUCUCAGAGGAGAAGGAUAAGGUUCAAACCGAAGAUGGGACUGUUUCUAAUCAAGAAUCUCAAAACGAAGAGGACGGUGGAAAAGAUGGUAGUGGUAAUGAUGUGAAUAGAGAAACUGGAGAAAUUGGAGGCCCUAAAGGUCCGGAACCAACACGCUAUGGAGAUUGGGAGAGAGGUGGUCGCUGCUCUGAUUUCUGAAAAAGGUUUCUGUGUUUUUUACCUUGAUGAAUUUUUAAUAAACCACCGUAUCAAAAGUUGGUCAUCCAGCAUCCUGCGUCAAUCCACCACAAUGGCUUUUCGUUUUUCUUUCUCUCGUUAUUAUGCUUCAGUAAUUAGUAUAUUACUUCGUACUUCAUAAUUUCAUAUAUAGCAUUUGGAUAACCCAAUGUCUUCAUAUGUUUACUGUCAAAUUUAACAUUGCAUUAUCUGUAUUGUGUGCCUGUAUGUCAGUAUUUGUAUGUAAUCUCAUCAAGUUCAUUUGAUCCUUGGAAAGUUGGACACUUCAUCAAGUCACGCAUGUCAUGUAAGUCAUGACAUCCCAAGAAAUGCAAAAACUUUGCAAAC